AUGAUGGGUGGUAAAGGACCUCGUUCGAUCGCGGUCAUGUGGGUGAUGACAUUCCUCUCUUUGGUUUUAGUCCUGCUCAGGCUGUAUACAAGAGUCUAUGUUGUCAAAGCAGUCGGGAUAGACGAUCAUGUCUUCAACCUGGCUUGGAUUGAUUCGGCUGCCAAAGCUGUGUACUGGGAGAUGAUUGGCCAGACAUUUGCAGUAUGGGGGAUGGCUAUUGCGAAGAUUUCACUCGGCCUUUUCCUCCUUCGCAUUGUCGUAAAGCAGUGGCAUCGAAUCUCCAUCUGGUUCUGCAUGAUGACUUUGGCUGCUAUCUCAGUAACGACAAGUAUUACUUUCUGGCUUCAACGCUUCCCGGCUGAGUCUAUUUACGAUCCGCGCGUGCCAGGCCGCACUUUAUUGUCUAUCACGCCUUUUGCACUUGCACUUGGGAUUUGGUGUGCUGUUGUGGACUUCUACCUUGCCGUUCUUCCAUGGAUAUUUAUUUGGAAUUUAAACAUGAAAUUUAAGGAGAAGAUGUCGAUUGCGAUAAGUUUGAGCCUAGGUUUCAUAGCCUGUGCUUGCGGAAUUAUUCGAUCAAUCGAUAUUGUGGGUAUGAACAGUAGCAAUUACACUGGUUAG